AUGUCUACCGAAACGACACAAGAUCAAAACAUUCCACCUCCUUUUAUACCAGCUCCAUUACAAAUCGAACCUUCCGUUUGCCAUGUUUGUCAUGAAUCAAUGGAUGAAGGUGCAGAUUGCCUAAUCAUUCAUGACUGUUCCCAUGGAUUUCACAGAAAUUGUAUUGAAUCAUUUCUAUCUACACAGUCUGAAUGUCCCGAAUGUAAGAGACCUUGCCAAUUGUCUGAACUACGGAAGUUAGUUAUUGUUGCAAGAGUAAGUUCGGCUAGAACUAAUAAGUCGAAAACGAGAGGUGCUCUAGCAAAACACUACAAUACGCGGCAGUUUCAGAAAUAUGCAUUUCCUGACCCAAAUCCUCAAAAUAUUAAUGUUUCAACAUUUCAAGAACAAAUUCCCAAUGUAACUGAAACCAAUCAGAAUAAUAACCAUGAUAAUCCAAUAAAUUCUUCUGUCAGAAUGACCACACCAACUCCAACACGCCCAAACAAUAUAAGUGUUGACUAUUCUGAAAUUAAUAGAAUGAUUGAGGAAAAUUUAACUCGGAUAUUAGGAAACCUUAAUCUGGUUCCACAAUCCAAUGUAAAUAGCAUUCAAAAUAAUAAUCCUAAUAUUAAUAAUCUCCAAAACAAUAAUCCCAAUAAUUUUCCAAAUUCUGGCAACAACAAUAAUAAUAAUAAUUUUACGUCGAAUUUUAAUGAAACUCAGCGACAACAAACACGUUUAAACGGCAAUAAUCCUUACCCAUUUUCGCCAAUUGCAAUUUCAAAUUUGAGUUCUAGCUCCAUGCAUUGCGACAAAAUAACUUCCAUUAUCCAAAACUGGAACCUUAAGUUUGACGGUUCGUCAACAGGCCUGCAUGACGAAUAA